AACUAAAAUGUAGAGAUUCUCAAUCCGGUUUAGCAUACACAGGAGUUUCUCCCUAAAAUAUACCCGUCUUUCUUAAUUUUGUAUGUCUUCAACAUAACAUUCAUUUAGUUUUAUUCUGAAACUGAGUCUUAAAAACUGAAAUACUUUUAAAGAGAAAUGAUUCUAGCUUAAAUAUUUCAGCAUAUAAUAAGAUUCCUGCCGAGAGCUCAUCAUUAGAAAUAUGAAACUAGUUACUCUGGACUUGGAUUUUGAUGUGCUGAAUUAUCUGCUGGUAUUUCUUCAAGUCAUAGAUGCAUAGUUAGGUCCGAGGACACCACAAACUCUGCUUAAAGGGCUUGGGGACUCUCAAGGCAUGGCCAGAUGCUCUGUCUUGUACUUCAUCCUGCUGAGUGCUCUAAUCAACAAGGGCCAAGCCUGCUUCUGUGAUCACUACCCAUGGACUCAGUGGACCAGCUGCUCAAAAACUUGCAAUUCUGGAACCCAGAGCAGACACAGACAAAUAGUAGUAGAUAAGUACUACCAGGAAAACUUUUGUGAACAGAUUUGCAGCAAGCAGGAGACUAGAGAAUGUAACUGGCAAAGAUGCCCCAUCAACUGCCUCCUGGGAGAUUUUGGACCAUGGUCAGACUGUGACCCUUGUGUCGAAAAACAGUCUAAAGUUAGAUCUGUCUUGCGUCCCAGUCAGUUUGGGGGACAGCCAUGCACUGAGCCUCUGGUAGCCUUUCAACCAUGCAUUCCAUCUAAGCUCUGCAAAAUUGAAGAGGCCGACUGCAAGAAUAAAUUUCGCUGUGACAGUGGCCGCUGCAUUGCCAGAAAGUUAGAAUGCAAUGGAGAAAAUGACUGUGGAGACAAUUCAGAUGAAAGGGACUGUGGGAGGACAAAGGCAGUAUGCACACGGAAAUAUGAUCCGAUCCCUACUGUACAGUUGAUGGGCAGUGGGUUUCAUUUUCUGGCAGGAGAGCCCAGAGGAGAAGUCCUUGAUAACUCUUUCACUGGAGGAAUAUGUAAAACUGUCAAAAGCAGUAGGACAAGUAAUCCAUACCGUGUUCCAGCCAAUCUGGAAAAUGUCGGCUUUGAGGUACAAACUGCAGAAGAUGACUUGAAAACAGAUUUCUACAAGGAUUUAACUUCUCUUGGACACAAUGAAAAUCAACAAGGCUCAUUCUCAAGUCAGGGGGGGAGCUCUUUCAGUGUACCAAUUUUUUAUUCCUCAAAGAGAAGUGAAAAUAUCAACCAUAAUUCUGCCUUCAAACAAGCCAUUCAAGCCUCUCACAAAAAGGAUUCUAGUUUCAUUAGGAUCCAUAAAGUGAUGAAAGUCUUAAACUUCACAACGAAAGCUAAAGAUCUGCACCUUUCUGAUAUCUUUUUGAAAGCACUUAACCAUCUGCCUCUAGAAUACAACUCUGCUUUGUACAGUCGAAUAUUCGAUGACUUUGGGACUCAUUACUUCACCUCUGGCUCCCUGGGAGGCGUGUAUGACCUCCUCUAUCAGUUUAGCAGUGAGGAACUAAAGAACUCAGGUUUAACCGAGGAAGAAGCCAAACACUGUGUCCGGAUUGAAACAAAGAAACGUGUUUUAUUUGCUAAGAAAACAAAAGUGGAACAUAGGUGCACCACCAACAAGCUGUCAGAGAAACAUGAAGGUUCAUUUAUAGAGGGAGCAGAGAAAUCCAUAUCCCUGAUUCGAGGUGGAAGGAGUGAAUAUGCAGCAGCUUUGGCAUGGGAGAAAGGGAGCUCUGGUCUGGAGGAGAAAACAUUUUCUGAGUGGUUAGAAUCAGUGAAGGAAAAUCCUGCUGUGAUUGACUUUGAGCUUGCCCCCAUCGUGGACUUGGUAAGAAACAUCCCCUGCGCAGUGACAAAACGGAACAACCUCAGGAAAGCUUUCCAAGAGUAUGCAGCCAAGUUCGAUCCUUGCCAGUGUGCUCCAUGCCCUAAUAAUGGCCGACCCACCCUCUCAGGGACUGAAUGUCUGUGUGUGUGUCAGAGUGGCACCUAUGGUGAGAACUGUGAGAGACGGUCUCCAGAUUAUAAAUCCAAUGCAGUAGAUGGACACUGGGGUUGUUGGUCUUCCUGGAGCACCUGUGAUGCUACUUAUAAGAGAUCGAGAACCCGAGAAUGCAAUAAUCCUGCCCCCCAACGAGGAGGGAAACACUGUGAGGGGGAGAAGCGACAAGAGGAAGACUGCACAUUUUCAAUCAUGGAAAACAAUGGACAACCAUGUAUCAAUGAUGACGAAGAAAUGAAAGAGAUCGAUCUUCCUGAGAUAGAAGCAGAUUCCGGGUGUCCUCAGCCAAUUCCUCCAGAAAAUGGAUUUAUCCGGAAUGAAAAGAAACUAUACUCGGUUGGAGAAGAUGUUGAAAUUUCAUGCCUUACUGGCUUUGAAACUGUUGGAUACCAGUACUUCAGAUGCUUACCAGACGGGACCUGGAGACAAGGGGAUGUGGAAUGCCAACGGACAGAGUGCAUCAAGCCAGUUGUGCAGGAAGUCCUGACAAUUACACCAUUUCAGAGAUUGUAUAGAAUUGGUGAAUCCAUUGAGCUAACUUGCCCCAAAGGCUUUGUUGUUGCUGGGCCAUCAAGGUACACAUGCCAGGGGAAUUCCUGGACACCACCCAUUUCAAAUUCUCUCACCUGUGAAAAAGAUACUCUAAUAAAAUUAAAAGGCCAUUGUCAGCCGGGACAGAAACAAUCAGGAUCUGAAUGCAUUUGUAUGUAUCCAGAAGAAGACUGUAGCCAUUAUUCAGAAGAUCUCUGUGUGUUUGACACAGACUCCAACGAUUACUUUACUUCACCCGCUUGUAAGUUUCUGGCUGAGAAAUGUUUAAAUAAUCAGCAACUCCAUUUUCUACAUAUUGGUUCCUGCCAAGACGGCCGCCAGUUAGAAUGGGGUCUUGAAAGGGCAAGAUUUUCAUCCAACAGCACAAAGAAAGAAUCCUGUGGCUAUGACACCUGCUACGACUGGGAAAAAUGUUCAGCCUCCACUUCCAAAUGUGUCUGCCUAUUGCCCCCACAGUGCUUCAAGGGUGGAAACCAACUCUACUGUGUCAAAAUGGGAUCAUCAACAAGUGAGAAAACAUUGAACAUCUGUGAAGUGGGAGCUAUAAGAUGUGCAAACAGGAAGAUGGAAAUACUGCAUCCUGGAAAGUGUUUGGCCUAGCACAAUUACUGCUAGGCCUAGCACAAUUAACAGAUUUACCAUCCAGAAGAACCAACUCCUACAAAUGAGAAUUCUUGCACAAACAGCAGACUGGCAUGCUCAAAGUUACUGACAAAAAUUAUUUUCUGUUAGUUUGAGAUCAUUAUUCUCCCCUGACUCUCCUGUUUGGGCAUGUCUUAUUCAGUUCUAGCUCAUGACGCCCUGUAGCAUACCCCUGGGUACCAACUUCCACAGCAGUCUGGUAAAUUCUCCUGUUCACAUUGCACAAAAAUAAUGUGACUUCUGAGGCCCUUAUGUAGCCUGCGACAUUAAGCAUUCUCACAAUUAGAAAUAAGAAUAAAACCCAUAAUUUUCUUCAAUGAGUUAAUAAAUAGAAAUCUCCAGAACCUCUGAAACACAUUCUUGAAGCCCAAUUUUCAUAUCUUCAUUCAACAAAUAAUUUUUGAGUGUGUAUACAGGAUGUCAGGUACUGACCAAAGUCCUGAGAAUUCGGCAGAUAAUAAAACAGACAAAAGCGUUUGCCUUCAUGAAGCAUACAUUCAUUUAGGGGUAGACACACAAAAAAUGAAAUAAACAGAUAAAAUAUGUAGCAUGUUUGAUGGUGAUAAUUGUUUUGGAGAAAAUACAACACAGAAGGGUGAGUCUCAUCCUUAAUUAUCAUCUUAUGGAAGGAAAUAUUCCAUAACAAUAAACAUCACUGUAAGGAUGAUUGAGCUCCAGUGGAAAUUAUCUUGUUUAAAGUUGUUAAGAAUAAACUUCUGGAGUUCUAGUCUCUCAGAAAGUAGAAAAGAGAUUCCCUUUGCCUCAACUAAAGUGCACCAUAAAGUUUUAGGCUGAAGUGUGUGAUGGAUGGAAAAUUGUCAGAGAAUUUUGAAGGAAUAAUUUUUUAAGGUAAGUCAUAUCUUACCUUAUUAUUAGGCCAUACAAAGCAGAAAACAGUUUAUUAGAGAGGCUAGGGUGUCAAUUUGAAUUGGAGAAGAGAGGCAUCUUUGGAGCAGCAGUUCUCAAAUAUUAGGGUGCAUUAGAAUCACCUAGAGGGUGUGUGUGUUCAGAUAGAUGCCUGGAACCACCCCAGUUUCUAACUCAGUAGUUCUGGGGUGGGGCCUGAGAAUGUGUGUUUCUAACAGCAUUCCAGGUGGUACUGCUUAUGAUCAUCAGGACAUCACAUUUUGAGCAUACCGAAUUUAGAGAUGGAGUCAUCACACAGCUAACUCUGAUUAAGUAAUUGAUCUCAAAACCAUAGCCAAACUCCAAGCAGGUGAGUGGAAGCAGAUUCCCUUCCAGCAAAACUCACUGGGAUCCCCACCUCUUGGAAGGAGGCUGUGAGCCACAGCUACCUGCCAACCCCAUCCCCAGACCUUAUACAUGCAGCUCCUCCUCCAUCUCAUUGAUCAUAGGAUGUCUGCAAAAUCUAACAUACAUCAUAAUAUUAAAGGAGGAGAAUGGGGAAUGAAAACACCUAUAAACAAAAAAACAUUUUCCUGGUGUAACAGAGGUUGAUCAUGACCUUUUCUUUUCCCAGGAGUCAGUAACCCAUCUAUUUCCCAGUCAUACCACCCCACUCCCUUCUCACUCUAAGUGGUACAGGCCACUCCUGUAAGCAUCAUAAGCCUUCAGCACACCUGAGACAUCAGCUGAGAGCAAAGAGGUAUUAAAUACUCCCACAUCCUAAGGAGAGUCACUAACAAUUAAAUCAAUAAACUUUCCCUAGGAUUGAAUUGGCUCUGUUUGACCCAACUCUCAUGCCAGCUCUACAACUUUCCAGGCUAUAAAAUGGGACUAGAUGAGUAGGGAAGGGAGUCAUGGGAAUCUGCAGCCACAGGAAUGCGGCGUUCACAGCGGAAGUCCCGUUCUUCUCCUAAGUCCAUUCUCUCCCUUUGGUGAGGAGGAGGAGGAUGCUGAAAAUGUCCACUGAAGCCAGGCGACCAAAGUCCCAAGACAAUUAGUUGUAGGGUGUGAUGAAACCACCUUUACUAAAAUUGUAACAGUGAGAAAAUUAUGUCUGUGAGAGAGAUCUGAUCUAACCAACCCCCAUCUUGCCUUUAGCCUUCAAACUACCCUUAAUUAUUCCUGAGCUUGGGCCAAGCUAACUUUGGGAGACAUUUAAUUUAUAGUUUAAAUGAUAAUAGCCCCUCCCCCAAACUCAACGGCCUUUGUAAAGCUAAUGAGAGACCACCACACUGGGAGGAUGAGAGGAAACUGAAUUCUGCUAAGGUGUAGACAUACAUGAUUAUCCACACAUUAUUCCAGAUGCACAAGAUGUACAACUUCCACCAAUUACUCCUGCAAAUAACAUCACUAUUGUAGAACCUAAGAUUGGCCUUUUGAGAUGUCUUUUUGGGUUUUUUGCAUCUGAUGACCAAUGGCUCCACCUGGAUCCACCAACUGCUCCUGUGGCCCCAUCCAAAAGUGACUCAGUGAACAAGGGGACCAUUUCCCACACUCCUGUAAUUGCACUCCCAACCAAUCAGCAGCAAGUACCCAUUGCCUAGCCAUCCUCCCUCUUCCCCUAAACUAUCUUUGAAAAAUCCUAGCCUUUGAAGUUUUAGAGAGACUGAUUUGAGUAAUAAUAAAACUCAGGUCUUUCA